GCAUCGAUUCAAGAACGCAGCUCACUGUUAUUAAGUAACCAAUGCUUUUAUCUGGUUUAGCAACGAACGCCCUCAUUUUAUUACCAAACAGAAAACCGAAACGUCAUCGUAGGAAAUCCAGAUUGAACAUUUUAUUGUCAUAUACUUUCAAUGGCAGAGGACGAAAGUGUCUUUCUGAGGGCGAAGGAUCGGAGUUAUAAGGGACUGACAGAAGAUGAACAGAAGGACUGGAGGGGGCCUUUUUAUUUUAUCCAGGCUGCAGACCCUCAGCUGGGUCUGAUGAAGGCAUGGAGGAUUGGUGACUGUGAUUCAGGAGGUGAUGAGUGGUCUGAGGAGGUCCAGCUCACAAAGCAGGCAGUACAGGCCAUCAAUAAACUACAGCCCAGACCUCGCUUUAUGAUCCUGUGUGGAGACCUGGUCCAUGCUAUGCCCGGAAAUGCGUUCAGAGAAGAACAGGUUAAGGACCUCAAAGAAGCACUGAGAGGCACUGACCCCGACAUUCCUCUGGUGUUCGUCAGUGGCAACCACGACCUUGGCAACACACCCACUCCAGACACCGUGGAGCAGUUCUGCCGUGACUGGGGCGAUGAUUACUUCAGCUUUUGGGUGGGUGGAGUGCUGUGUUUGGUGUUGAACUCUCAGUUCUUCUUCGACUCAUCAGGCUGCCCUGAGUUAAUGGAGGCCCAUGAGGUCUGGCUGGAGAGCCAGCUGCAGAGAGCCAUCCAGAACCCCUCCCGCCACGUGCUUGUCUUCCAGCACAUUCCGCUCUUCCUCCGUACGCCCGACGAAGAGGAUGACUACUUCAACCUGCAGAGGGGAAUCAGAGAGCGCUUGAUCCAGAGAUUCAAACAGGCAGGGGUGAAAGCUGUGUUCUCUGGUCACUACCACAGAAAUGCAGGAGGAUGCCAUGACGGGCUGGAUAUGGUGGUGAGCUCAGCGGUGGGUUGUCAGUUGGGGAAUGACACUCACGGUGUGCGAGUGGUGGUAGUUACUGAAGAUGAUAUCAUCCAUCGCUACCAUAGCCUGGAUCAAUUAACCAAAAGAGGAAUGGAUGAAGACCUGAAGAAAUUGUUGGGUUGAAACCACCUCCAGAGGAGGGAAGAGGGGAUCUCCAUGGUAACUAUUGAAAGACAUGGCUGCGGUGACCGGGACAUCGAGUCACUUGUACUGUGGGUGGAUCACCGAAAACAUAAUUGCUGACCUCACCUCACACUUGGACGAGAGCAACCGAGUGUGACUGAACAACUUAAACGGCAGACGUACAGCAAUAAAGACAUUUUAAAUGACCAAUCUCUGAUUUCAAUCUGAAAAAAAAUCAGACCUCAAGUCUUCCUCGCAGUGUCAUUUAUGCGACUGGAUGUUUUCCAGCUUUCUCUGGAUCUUUCCGUCUAAUAUUUAUAUGUUAUGUCUAAUGCUACGACCAUACAGGGGGGUUCAAAAGUUUAAAGUUUUCAUGAUAAAUUAUGUAAAAGACAUUCAGUUGAACUGAAAACUGAACAUGAUUAUCAGAAUGAUUUAGUAUUUUAUUUGUGCUCCUUUUGCUUUAAUAGCAGACACUUGAGUUUCAUGAACAUUUGCCUCACUGUACAAAGGUGUUCACUUGAUCAAUUUAUGGUUAAACUAGCCUACAAUAAGGUAUAAUUUGUUAACUAACAUUUUUAUUGCAUUUAUUAACCUUUGUUAAUGUUAGUUGAUAAAAGUACAUUAUUCAUUAUGUUCGUUUAGAGUACAUAAACUAAUGUCGAUGGACACUAUGAUUUAUUGUAGUAGUAAAUGUUAAAAUUAACAUUAAGAUAUUAAUAUAUGUUGGACUAUUGUUUGUUCGUUAGUAACUAAUGUUAACAGAUGAAACCUUAUUGUAAAAUAUUCAGUUUAUGGUAUGUUUCUUUGUUUAAAUUCUAUAAUUGACGUGUUUAAUAGAAUUAGAUUUUAAAUUCUGUACAUGGUUAUAUUUUUGUACUGUACUUAAAAUAAAAAGAAAUAUUAAUAAAAAAAAAUGUAAUGCUU